ACGCCAGAAGCAUCUGUCCGGUGGGAUCGCUCUUUCUCUAGUACUUUUUCUCUUUUUACCGUAUCACUGAUGAAACCGCGUGAUUUUUUGUAAAGUGUAAAUUAUCAGAAACGUGAUAGUGUGUGUAAUCAUUUAACGCUUGCUAAUUAUUAAGACUCCAAAUUGUUGUACGGAAUCGUGAACUGUGUGAAGAACUUGAUAGAAGUGAUCUGCAUGUAGGUGAUAAUUCUUUACAAGUUGAAGACUCAUCUUAUUCAUCAAAUAUACUCCUUUGUGGAUAAUAUGCUGCAGUGUUAUUAAAUGCAGUCAGCGUAGAGCUUUUAGUGAUAUCUUGAAGAAAAUAUCAAGUUAUUGAAUGAGUAUUGUUGUGACAGGUGGAAGAAAAAUAGUGAUCGAGUUAGUAGAUACUGGAGAUGUCAAUGACAAGUGACCCGACGCGGCAAUACUCGCGAAUGUGCUCGAGUAUUAUCUCAUAAUUGGGUUUGGAAGACUUGGUAAAGAGUGAUUGGCAUUGCCGUCGGGCGACGGUGGUGUUUCAAGUUGUAGCCAAAGAAGACAGUUGAAUAGUCUAAGACACACCCAGCAUACGAUGAUGCCGCUCGCUCCGACGCCAAUUGUCCCAGUACCCUCGAAGCCUAAGAUCGGUUUUAGCAUCGACUCAAUCGUAGGCGGUGGGGGUCGGGAAGACAGAUUGCAUGAAAGAGUUGAGAUUGAACGUGAUGGCAGCCCGAUGGACGUCGAAGGUUCAUCGUCGCCGCGAGCAAGACGAGUUGUCAGAUCUCCUGGUGCUCAUUCUGAAGGUUCAGAUCGUCCGUUAUCGAGAAGUUCAUCCGUUGAAUCGUAUCCUACGUCUAGGCACACACCUUCAAUGCACAAUGGACAUCCUAUAAAUAAUCAACGCCAUCAUCAUCACCACCAUCAUCAUCAUCCUCACCUUCCUGGACUGACAACUCACUUAGAUUAUAGUAGAACACAAGCACGAAGUCAUAGUGGUAGUUCAACACCUAAUAAUAGUCCAAGCCCACCGCACAGAAUAUCUCAUGGAGAUUCGCCAGUAAGUGCUCAUCCUCAACCACCACCAGGUGUUGUAAGACCAAGUCCAAACUACCUCGGGCCACCACCUAGUGCAGCUACUGCUGCAGCCGUCGCGGCUGAACAAAUUAAAUCGCUUUAUGGUCUUCAACCAGGCCAUGGAGCUGGCCCACAAGGCCAAACGGAAUAUCAUACCCAACAAUUUGCGCUAGCUGCUAAUUUAGCAGCAGCACAACAUUUUCAAGCCUCAAAUUUGGCCGUUGCACUUCAAGCUCAUCACGGUGCACCACCACAUGGAAGUCCUCAUGGACCUUAUACACAUGGAGCAGCGACCGGUGGUCCUCAUCCUUCACCACAUCCUCAUCAGCCACCACGAGACAGCUAUCCAUUGUUUCCUUGGCUUCUGUCACGCCAUGGAAGACUCUUUCCACACAGGUUUCCUGCAGGUCCAGACAUCCCAGGAUUCCUCUUACAGCCAUUCAGAAAACCUAAAAGAAUAAGAACUGCAUUUAGUCCAAGUCAAUUAUUAAAAUUGGAGCAUGCGUUUGAAAAAAAUCACUAUGUUGUUGGGGCUGAAAGAAAACAACUUGCGCAAUCUCUAUCGCUCACAGAAACUCAGGUGAAAGUCUGGUUCCAGAAUCGUAGGACGAAACAUAAACGAGUUCAACAAGAGGAAGAAGCAAAAGCUCAACAGCAAGCGGGUGGUGGCAAUAAUGCUAAUGGCAAUGGAAAUAGUAACAAUAAAAAUACACACCAUGUUAGUAAGUGGCAACAAGAUACUGGAGAUUAUCAUCCAGAGGAUGAUGAAGAAGAUGAUUCAGAGUUAAUUGAUCCCAAAGCUGAAGAUUGUUCGAGUGGGUCUGAAGCAUAGCUAAACGUUACGUGCAUAGAUUAAGAUAGUAAAAAGAGA